UUGUUUGUAUUGUGGCUGCGUACAAAGUGCAAAGUUAUCGCGCGCGCUUGUAAUUUCAUUGCUUGUGAUUGUUGUUGCUUACGAACGAUAUCGAAUAUCGUCGAUUUACAGAUAUUGAUGUACUACUAUGAAUCGAUUGGAUGAUCCAUCAGGGCUCAUGAAAGGCAGAAAACCAUCUUUCAUUGGGAUGAACGGGGCUCCUGAAACCGACGAGCAACACCGUUUACGGUUCCAGAUUGAAUUAGAGUUUGUGCAAUGCCUUGCAAAUCCAAACUACUUGAAUUUUUUAGCACAACGCGGUUACUUCAAGGAUUCGACUUUUAUCAACUACCUCAAGUAUUUGUUGUACUGGAAAGAGCCGGAAUACGCCAAGUAUCUGAAGUAUCCUAUGUGCUUGUAUUUCCUGGAUUUGCUGCAGUACGAGCACUUUAGAAGGGAGGUCGUUAAUUCCCAGUGCACCAAAUUCAUCGACGAUCAACAGAUUCUGCUGUGGCAGCAUUAUACGCGACGGCGGACAAGACUGCUGCAGACAGCUGCCGAACAGACGCAGCAAGCCAAUCCUCAGAACAACGGUAUUGCUCAACCUAAGGUUCCCUGAAUUCGAAGACUUCAGAUCGCGACACUAGAUCGACACGCUUGCUUUAGGAGACUGACGUAUGGAGUUCGCAUCUCGUACAUGAUUUCUCUAUUAACUCUGUGAAAUGAUUCGUUUAGCUGUGUUGCUUGACUGUGAUAAAUAGGUGAACUCACGUGUUUUUGUAUAUAUAAAUCAUCGGAUCGCAUUUUUUUUUUUUUUUUCUGAUAGAAGUACACAUAAUGUAGCGUAGAAAAAUUGAGAUAUUUUUGUAUUGAAAAGAUUUAUUUUUAUUAUAUAGCGGUUUUCUUUCAGUCUUGUUACACAUCCAUCAAUUAUUUCGUUUUAUACAUGUGUAUUCAGACGUAGCAUCUUUGGGUAUUUGGUAGAGGAUAAUUUUCACCUGGCCUGAAUUAUACUUUUAAAUCCUAUUGUAUGUACAUACAUAUAAAACUCCGAAAGUCGUUUAUAUAUUAUUAUACAUGUUAUUUUAAUGUGUAAACGCGCAAAUGUCUCGUCUGAACCAAGUGAUCCUCCGAAUUUUCUUUUAUCUUCAAACAAGAUUAUUUACGCUACUUAUGUCUAAAAUAAAUACUUGUCACAAACAUGUGUAUAUGAUAGUAUAAUCGCUCGUAAUUUACUCGUGUGUGUAAUAUAUAUUUUAUAUAUAACACAUGUUUAAUGUAUAUGCAAAUAAAUUUGAUCUUUUACACGUA